AUGGCCAGCUCUAGCGGCACGUACAAUCCUGCGCGACCGAAACGCGCAGGGGAAAAAUUCACGCGCACACACCAUCUCGACGGCGACGAACCGUCAUCGAAGAAACCGCGAUUUGACCCCCGCAACCCCUCCACGCUCGCACCCGAUGCCGAUGACGAGGAGGAUCCAGUGCUAGAGGCGGACGUAAUAGGGAAGAGCGCAGGAAUCAAGCGCAAUGCAGUCAACAUCGACGGCUAUGAUUCGGACAGCUCCACAGAGAACUUCAAUGCACGCGCAGAGGCCAGGAAAAGCAAAGACAAGCCUGUGAAAGACAAUGAUGAUGACGACGACAUGUUUGCCGACGAAGACAAGGACGACGAUCAGGACGAAGAGUCACGGAGAGACCAAACGCAGAAGAAGAAACUGCGUUUUCUCGACGUGGACGAGAUUGAGGGCCAGGAAGAGAACAGCAAGUCUGGAGGGCACGUGGCAGCUGACUUCACCAAAGGGCCUAAAGAGGCCACCGAUGAGAUGGAGAGCAGCAGCGAUGAUGGCGACGACGAAGACCGCGACCGAGUCGACUCGGACAUGGACGAGGAAUUAGGCGCAGGCAGCAAGAAACACCAUGCGCCAAAGGUAGACGCGUUCAACAUGCGUGCCGAGCAAGAGGAGGGCCGGUUCGAUGAAGCUGGAAACUUCGUGCGCAAGGCCUACGAUCCAGAGGCUGCACAAGAUUCAUGGUUAGAAGGGAUAUCGAAAAAGGACAUGAAGAAGGCAAAGGAGGCCCAGGACAUGAGGGACGCUGAGCGGAAAGCCCGAGAGCGCGCAGAGGAUGCCAUCGCGACCAGUGAUGUUCUCUCAAAUCUCAUCUCAUAUCUGGAAGUGGGAGAGACGCCUAUGGAAGCUUUGGUUCGGUACGGCAAGGCUGCACCGAAGAAGCAGCCCAAGAAAAAGAAGAGCCAAGCUAUGGAAGUUGAUGCUGAUCCAGCACAAGAAGCUGCAGCCGCGAAAGCUAAAGCAGCUAUUGACGCUGUCACUGAGUGCGCCAGCCGGCUCUCAGAUAGAGGUGCCGAAGACAUUUACGAAACUACUCGCGAGAUGAUUAUGCGACAAUACAAGCGUGAGACUGGAGAGGACUGGAAAAACCCACAUCCCGAGGCCGUGCAGUGGGAGUUCCAUUGGUUCACAGCACCGGAGGGGGACAAUAAUGGACCAUACGACCAAGCCACAAUGCAAGCUUGGGAACAGGCGGGACAAUUCGCAGCCGGUGCCGAGUUCCGUCGAGUUGGCGAGACCGAGUGGUCGCGGUUGCUGGAUUUUGACGACGAUUGA